AUGUAUGCAAAGUAUGUAUACAAAUAUGCAAAGUAUGUAUACAAAUAUACAAAGUAUGGGUAUACAAAGUAUGAUGAGCCACAGGGACCACAGGGAGCCAUCAAGCAUCCAAAGCUCUGUAUGCAACCCGCAGCGGGUAGGGAUCUCGUAAUCAUCCACUGCCGAGACACGAUUACUGGAUCAGCCGUCUAA